AGGUCUAUUUGCAGAAGUAAAGAAACCAUUGAGGUUGGUGAAAGUGCAGUAUUUUUGUCUACGGGGCGACCCAACUGUCCAUAUAUUGGCCGUAUUGAGAGUAUGUGGGAGGCCUGGGGAGGCAACAUGGUGGUACGAGUCAAAUGGUUUUAUCACCCCGAGGAAACCAAGGGAGGACGGAAACUGCUGGAAAUGAAGGGUGCCCUGUACCAGUCUCCACAUGUAGAUGAAAAUGAUGUCCAGACCAUAUCUCACAAGUGUGAAGUUAUCUCAUACCAGGAGUACAAAAAUCGUAGAAUACGAGGAUUGUUAGAUGAAGAUGUUUACUACUUGGCUGGUUCAUAUGACCCCACUGUUGGAACGAUUGCUCACGAGCCAGGGGUUCUGGGGUCAAGCUAGGCUGUUGCUCUUUCAUACAUGGAGGACAAAAAAAUUCACUUCCCUGGGUUUUAGCUGGAGUAUUGCUUUUUUACAAGUAAAGUUACAGGAAACACAGAACCCUAGAACUAAGUUGAAAACAAGUGAGCAAAUAAAAGAAGCAUUGGAGAUGUACAACCUGCAAUAUCAAUUGAAAAUGAGGAUAUUCAAGUUGUUAAGAUUUCAGUGGAUGGAAGUGUAUUUUUAUGUUGGCAAGCAAAAAGGCCAGGUUAACAAAGAACUAUAACACAUCCAAGUUCCUUUAUAUGCUGGGAAUUUUCCAAAAAAUAUUUUAAAAGUCUGGUUGAUAAGCAAAUAUGUUGUCAAAAAGGAACACUAUAUAAUGGUGGAUUUUAUUAUUUCAAAAGGAUUCAUAGACAUUUUAUUAAUAAAAUUGCUCGUUUAGGAAUAUAACUUAGCUCAAUAUUGUUAUAGAACUGAAAUAAUGAGAUCUUUGUACCUUUCAUGGUGUUAAACUGAUCAUAUUUAACUUGCUUUUUGUAGUAUUUUUAGUGUUUUUACUGAUGCAGCAUGCACAAGUCCACUAAUUUCUUCUCUUUUUGUUUAUACCACUCUUUCCAGUUUUAUCUACUUAUUAAAUGAAGUGUAUGUAUACUAUGCCCUAGUAGUAACAGGUUUGCUGCUUGUAUUAUAUUAUCGUCUCGUUGAGAAGCGGAAUAUGAUAUCAGAUACUCAGAAGUAGGAGUUUUACACAGAUGUUUGUGUAAUUUCAUGUUUCUAGUUUAGUGCCAUAUAUUUCAUAAGUUUCAAGCAGUGCUUAUUCACUUUGUACAGUGCUUUUUUAAACAUGUUACAGCAUCUAAAUUGUCAUUGUUAAAAAGCAUGGAAAAUGUUGAUACGGUUGUCUCCAAAAUCUAGGGGCAGCUUCUUGAACUGUGAUAAGUGAAAUGAACUACAAUGUUGAUGCAAGAGAGGAACGUUCAUUGCAGUCGUACAUAUUUUGUAUACAGUGGAAUGUAGCUGAGUGACCAAUCGGAGCUGAACUUAGGAUGAAGGAUUAAGCUUAAAUUUUGUAGUUGUCAUAUUGCACCAAAACAAUGUUCUGCACAUUAUCAGUACUGCGAGCCUUUCUUUUUAUAUGUAAUGUUGUGAUGAAGUGAAAGCCUUUUUUUUUUUUGAGGAGAAAAAGAGUGUGGGAGUGUGACAGCAACUAUAUACAGUCAUUUUUUGAAACAUUUCCAUCUUAGCUUUGAGAGCUAUUUUAAAGACGUACUGGUGCUCAAUGUUAGAAAUACAGUGUAAAAUGAAUAUAUGGAUAGUAUGAAUAAUGCACAAUCUUUAUUUUUUAAGUAAAAAGUAAGAACAGAGCCUUGAAAGGACUUAUAAAGUCCUGAUCUUAUACCAAAGCACAAGAAAUUAUUGUGAUGUUCAAUUGCAGACUAAUACAUGUCAUUGGAGCAAAUCACAAGUAAUUCGGCCACAGUCUCUAGUCCUACUUCCUGUAUGCCGUUGAAGCAAUACAUAUGGUGCAAUUGUUGAUUUAAGUCCAGACGUGGAUUUGCUGUUUAAUUUUGGUCUUAAAAUUUUGUAGUUUUAAUUCAACACAGAACAAAGCAGUCUUGACAGCUGCUUUUCAGUAAAUAAGAAAAUCUUCCAAAUCGGUAUAUGAAAGCUGGUUCCCAAUGCAUUUAUAUGUGAAAUACCGCUUUUUUAUGUGAACUAUAAAAAAGGUUUGUGAGGGAGGGGGUGGCGAUGUUAUUAUGAUAUUGUGUAACAGCUAUGCUGUAAAAAUACAGAAAUAAACAUAAAUACAUG